AUGCCUUCCCUGGAAACCAACACAGUCACCGAAUCGCAGCCUCAACUCGACCUCAAGAGGUGGUGGAAGGAGAGCUCCGUCUACCAGGUUUACCCCGCGUCGUUUUGCGACUCUAACGGCGAUGGCAUUGGCGAUAUCCAAGGGAUCAUUUCAAAACUAGACCACAUCAAGCGCCUAGGAUCGGACAUUGUCUGGCUCAACCCGGUUUUCUCCUCGCCGCAGGUUGACAUGGGCUAUGACAUUUCAGACUACUACGGGAUCCAUCCACAGUAUGGGACGGUUACGGACGUCGACGAGCUCGCUGCGGCUGUUCAUGCCCGGGGGAUGAAGCUUGUCUUGGAUCUCGUUGUUAACCAUACCUCUGACCAGGUUCGUUCUGUCCGUCGCGUAACUAAAAAUAGCCGACCGUUGAUGAGAAUGUAUCUAGCACCCCUGGUUUCAAGAAUCGCGAUCGUCCGUGAGCAACGCCUACCGGGACUGGUACAUAUGGAAAAAGCCCGUCUUCCGAGACGGCCAGCGACACCCGCCCAAUAA